AUGACCGACCUUGCUCUUUGCGCUGAUCUUGACACUGCAGACUUUGUCAACAAAGUAUGCGCCAACAGCACUGUUCUGCGGAACCUCCUAGCCAAUUUGGACAAUACCUGGUUGCUGGAGCAGUGCUCCAACCUCACCGGGUCUGGCAGAGAGAAUCUGAUGGGCUUCAAACCCUCUGAGCAAUGUCUGUACGCAAACUGGACAGUGACUCUUCCUGAUACAGCUCUUCUUGCACUCUGCUGGGAUUAUGACCAAGCGAACUUCAUCUCGUCAAUCUGUGUCAAACCUGCUGUGCUGUCUCCUAUCAUUCAAGAUCCUUCCAAUCUCUGGGUGAGCGCUUUGUGUGCCACCUGCUCAAACUACACCAAGGUCUCCCAGUCCAACAACACCAACAGCAGUAGCAGCUCAAAUAAUAUGAAUACCACGGAGCUCUACCCUUGUCUGGUGAAAGAAAUGAUAGUCAGACUAAACUGGUCAUGCAGUAUAGACUUGAACACCAUUUGCCAGCCAGAUAUCCCUCAGCUUCAGGUGUUCCAGGCGUUCCUGCUCUGCGGCAUGGAGGUUCUCCUGCUGCAUAUGGAGAAGACGAUGACCACAGAGGUGGCUUCAGUGGUCAGACAGGCUACAAGUUUGUGGACAAUUCUGCUGCUUGUUCUGGAAGAAAAUGGGAUGACGACAUUGAGGGUGACUGAUCACAUCGGACAGAGUGUCCUGGACUCUGUGUCUGGGUUCCUGGAGAAGGAAACGAGCUUCAGCAAGAAGCAAGUGCUCCUGCAGUGCUUUGCGAAAAUCCUCACCAGCCUGAUGCAAACAGGAAGAGAUGUCACCAGCGACGUCUCAUUUUUCAUUGAGCAAUACUUCCAGAUCCCUCUGGCACGUCUGAGAGCAGUGCUGAGUUCAGUGGAUAUGAACACCAUGAGACUGAUUGUGAGGUACUAUAACCAGAACCAGGAGAACCUGCAGCUGUCCGAGGACUAUUUGCGCACCAUGGUGUCCGUGCUGAUCCAAAUCCACCUGAGACAAGACAAGACCCUGUUUUUUAACCUUGGCCCUCUCCUGAGACUCGCAAAACCUGAGGACAUCAGCUCUCUCCCUCCACUACAAACCAAUAUCAUUGUGUUAAAGCUGAUUAACAGCACCAUCGGCAGCCUGUCACCAGAACAGUGUCAGGCUUUCGGCUCGUGGUUCAGUCAGUCUCUCAGCUCGGCGAACGUCAUGGCAGGCGGCCCAUCCUUCAUCCAAGACUCCGGGAACCUGAUCGCGUACCUGCCGUUCCGCAGCUUCCAGCACCUCUCACCUCCUCAGGUCUUGAAUGGUCUGGAUGUUCUUCUGAGGAACGAUUUGGGAGCUGUGAAGCAGCAGUUUGUAGCUCAGAGUGUCAUUGGGGUGUACAAGAACCUCACGGAAGAACAGUUCAGAAGGUUAGCCAAACUGACAUGCCAAGCUAAUGUGAGUGACCUGCUCGCGUAUGUGGACACCAGCAUGUUCCCUGUGAUCCAGGAGAACAUCAGGACCUGUAUAACACAAGGCAUGAGUGUUCCUAGCACCUUGAUUUCCAGUGUGCUGUUUCUGAACGGGUCCGAGCUCCAAUCUCCUGCCGCUCUCAGUCCUCAGAAGGUCUGUCAGCUCGCACCGCUCCUGCCUCUGCUGGGGUCAGGGUUUCUGCAGCAGCUCAGCCAAUCGCAGCUCGUUCCUGCCUUCACUGCCCUCACAUCAGUUCCCUUUACGCCUACACAGGCGGCUGUGAUCAUCGAUAAGAUCUCAUCCAGCUUGAAUUUGUUUGAUGCAGGGACCUUGGCUAAGUUUGGUUCCCUCCUGAGUGGACUGAGGGCGGAGACACUCUCAGCAAUGUCCUCAAGUGUCCUGCUGUCCGCCGUGUCCAACUUCAGCCAGUAUACACCUGAACUGACUCCUCCACAGGUCAAUGCCAUUACCACACAACUCUGGGCUGCUUCCAAACCGGUCACAUGGUUAGAUGAGGCGGAGCCUCUGCUCUCCGACACACCCCUCAUGUCUGUGAUUCCUCAAACUCGCCACCUUCUGACCAGCAACACUCCUUACACACACACCUGGAACACACAACAGGCUAAAACUCUGUUUAAUGAGGUCAUGAGCAGCUCCUCGAGUCUCACAGUGCAGCGCUUCAUGUCUUUGGGAACAAUCGCUCAGGGCGUGAGCUGUAAUGUUUUGACGACGCUUUUCCAGAACUCUACAUCCGUGUCCUCCAAGCAUGACCUUCUGCAGGUUCUCAAAGAGCAGCCGGUGCCUCUUCACCCAUCACUGAAAAGGUGUUUGAUUGAAGAAGUGUACAAGUCCAACUUGUUCUCGGAGCUGCUCGGUGAGAUGGGAGCUCAGAUCGCGCUGUCUAUCCCGAUGAGUACCAUUAAGAGGUUCUCCACAGAGAUGAUGGACUCCCUCAGGAGAAUGAUCAUUCUGGAUCCUCAGUACUUCCUGCUCAUGCCCAGGAUCAAACUGACCAUGCUGGUGGACAGGAUGGUGCAGAACCUGGGCCUGAACACAGGGACGUACACUGAGGUGGAGUUCCGUUCUUUGGGAAUUAUGGCGACGUUUGUCGUGGACGCAGUCUUCAUGCAGCUGGACAGAAGGUUCUUCGUGGACAGCAUUGAGUUUCUCCGAGGUUUCUGUUAUGAUGCUAGUAAAAGAGACGCAAUGGCGUCGAUGCUGCAGGAAGCCGGGACGUUCGGCCCAGUCCAAACGUGGAACACAACAACCCUGAUUCAAGUGGACCGCUUCCUGUUCUUCCUACCACAAGAGAUCAUCCAGCUGAUUCCUCCGGCUCUGAUGAGUCUGGAGCGGGUUGAGAGGCUGUUGAGCAGUCAGAAGCAGUGGGAGAGCGGAGACGUCGGCUCGCUGUGUGAACGCGGCGAUGAUGACGACGCACUCUUAUUUAAAAAGCAGUUUGUGCUUCAGUACUUUUUAGCGUCCCAGCUUCAGCAAGCCUUGUCUCGCUCAGCCUCCAGCACGCUUCCAUCCUGUGAGAGCGUACAGGUGACCGGGCCGCCUGUCUGGCCCGUGAGCAGCCUCGCAAACAUGUCCUCGUCAGCUUUCCGCCAGUGUCUGGAGCUCCUCGGCCAGGAUCCGUCCUUCACCUCCGACCAGCUCUCACUGCUGCUCCACAAAACCAAAGAGGUGUACGGAGCCGUUUCCUCGUUCACGCCGUCCGUUAUCGCUCAGCUGGGCCACAUCGCCACGCAGCUUUCACUGGACGAAUUGGCGUUGCUCAGACUGUCCGAAAUUCUCGCCAUUGCACCUUUAGGAGCUGUUAGCACCUGGACCAGAAAGCAGUUAGGAGUUUUGUUCUCCACCGUGCUGAAGGUCACCAAACAAACCCCGAACCAGCUGAAUUCCACCUCUUUAGUGGCUCUGGGACACAUCGUUUGUGGGAUCGAAGCUCCUGUCAUGAACACACUCAAUCCUGUAGAGUUCAGUAAGGCCGUGCUGUGGCUGGGGCGUCUCAAUCUGUCGUGUUCUGAGGAUCAGCUUCAGGCCGUCGUUUCUCUGCUCAGCCACAGGCUGGUGUUUGGCUCCAUCAGCUCCUGGGGUCCAGAGGUGUUUCUCGAGAUCGGAGCGUUUGCUGCUGGAGUUCCUGACGUGGCCAUGUCCGCCCUGGUGAAGGAGCAGAUUGAAGGAAUCGCGCCGCUCGCCAUCUCUCUCAUUACAGCCACAAAGUUUGCAGUGGUGUUUAAUCAGGCGCAGAUCAGCGUGUUCUCGUACGAGCAGGCCGUAGCAGUGACGGCGGCGCAGCGUUCAGCACUCAGCCCUGUCCAGCUGACCGCUCUGUCCAUGGUGCUCAACCCGCUCGAGGACAAACCCGUGGAUUUCAGAGGUAGGUCUUUCGGAGUCACAGCUGAAGUCUGUCCUUUCUGCCACGUCUGCAGUCUGCUGGUGUUCGUCCUGACACUCGUCUUCAACAUCUGUCCAUGAUUUAACAACAAAAAAAAUCUUUC